GUGAAAAGCUUUCAUGUGACAGCAUGAAGAAUUUACAGAUUCAGAUAUGUUUACUUAUAUGGUUUGAAGCAGUUGAAAGUUUUAAGUUUGUCCAAGUUGAAUUAGGAAAAAACAUAACAGUAAAUUGUGAUCUUGCUGAUGUUACAAGUGGAACAGAGAUAUAUUGGUAUAUACAGACACAAGACAGUGCCCCAGUGGUGAUAUUACGCACUUUAAGUGCUGGCACAGAAAUUGACGCCAACUAUUACAACACAAUAUUGAAACAGAAGUUCACAUUAGUAAAUUACUCUUUACUGAUACAAAACAUCACAGAAGAUGAACUGGGAGAUUAUUACUGUGUCAAAACUGGAGAACCGUUUUUCCCUAAUGGAACAAGACUUCACACCAGAAGACAUGAUUCUGCGCAUAUAAAUAAGACACCAUGGCGAAUUCUGACUGUUGUAUCUGCUCUGCUCAAUUGUGUUUUUAUUGCUGCAAUAAUUGCUCUGCUAGCAAGCCGCUACAAAAGAUCUUCAAAAGGCCGACAACAACCUCCAGACUCCAAUCUACAGCAAUAUCAAGACAUGACCAGUGCACAGUAUGAUGAGAUUGAGCUCCCCGCCAGAGGAGCAAAGCUGUUUCAGGUCAACGACACCUACGCCCUAGUGCAGUUCCCAAAACCGUGAAGGCAUACAGCAAGGGGCUUCGGCUGCAGCUAUGAACUUUACACAGGAUUGAAUUAACUGGUUUCCAACCCUGGUCCUGGAGAACCCCCUGCCCUGCACUUUUUAGUGUUCACCCUGCACCCAAUGCAGCUGAUCCAACACAUCACAAUAAUAAACUCUAUAUUCUCUGUAAUGAAUUUCAUUUGCAUUUGUGUCGGCUCAACAAGUGUUGCUCAUCAAAAUCAGAAGCUCCUACUAGAAAUGUUUUAGCCUCACAUACAAUUUAGUAGCGUGUGCAACACAAAAACACACUGGACACAGAAAAAUGCAUAAAACGAAAGAAUAAUCGUGAAUGAUGCCAACAUUCGGUUAAAGUGAAGUAAAUAAGUAACCCCAUGCAAGUGAACUUGGUCUGUGGUGAAGUGUGCGGUGAUAUCAUGAUCUAACGCUGCAGGAAUUCACACGAUGCUGUGAGAGAGUUUCUGUUUUCUGCUCCGACAUCGCAGCACAGACCACUGAAGAUAAAGGACUUUAAUGAUAAGCUAUCUUAAAAUGAAGUACAUGUAAUGUAACUCUUUACUGACUGUCUACCCAGCUGCUUUUCGUGUCAAUAAAACUCUAAACUUGCUGUACUGUGAUUUGUAAAGCUAGCGCUGCUUCCGAGCCUCCCAGCUCAAAGUAAGCUAAGUUUGUUAGCUAGCUAGCAUGAAGUCAGACUCGGCUUCCCUAAACCAACAAUAUUAAUGCUGGUUUGCUCUUUGAGAAUAAUUUAUGAAUGUCAGUCAUCUGAAUUUGAAUUUUUCCUCUCUAUUUAUGCUGCUAGCUUUGCUACCUAAUAAGUUUUUAAAAGCUUAGCCGGUUAGCUUUACUUACAGUAAGAUUGCUAGUUACAUUUACUCAGUUGCAUCUACCUAAAAAAGCAUGACAGUUACUUAAGUAAUAUGUGUGAAGAAAACAAUCUACAUUCUGGUUUUCAUUCUGUUGGCGCUGGUUUAGCUCCUGGGCUAUUUUACUGUCGCAAAAACCUCUCACUUUGGAGCUUUAAAAUUUUAUUUUUGACCGAAAGGAUUAUAAAAAGAAAAUAGCAAAUAAAUUCCAGUGCAGUUCUGCAAUUAAUAUUACAUUUUACUUGACGUUUUAAAUGGCUUUUGGAAGUUCUCUUUGAAUUAUACUGAUACCUUUUACUCCACCUAGUCAAGCUCUGUUUUGCUAGACUAGACUUUUGGUUUAGUCAUUUUUUCACUGAAGUAACUUUGUGUUUAUGUUCUAGUAAUACUUUCACUUGAUUAUGGGUUAAGGUUGCUCUACACACCUCUGACAAAAUACUAUUCAGUUCCUUAUAAAAUGUGAAAAUAUAUACUUUGUAUAGAGUGUUACUUGUUUAUUCUGUUCUUGUUUGCCAAAUAAAUUAUGCAUGUUUCAAUCUUAA